AUGUCACUCGAUAUUACCGGUAUGCCAGCGGAUCAAGUUGAGGCUAUUGCGAAAGCGGCUUUUGGUGAUAAUCUUGGAUUAAAAGUUGGUCCAGUCCUUUUAGCGCCAAUUUUCGAUGCGAUUCUUUACGGAGUCAUGAUGCAGCAAUUUCAAAGUUGGUGGACAUACUCUCGAUCAUCUGAGAGAGCGCCUCUGAAAUAUUUGACUUAUUACAUCAUGAUAGCUUCGUCUGCUUGGACGUUCAUGAUCAUAGCCUACCAGAUGCAUAACUUCGUUUACAAUUUCGGUAGAUAUACUACAUUUCUGGAAAUGCCUUAUCCAACAGCAUUCCCCGCGGUAGGCUUUGGCAUGUCAGCAGCAGUUCAAGCUUUCUACACAGAACGUACUUUUCGCUUGAAUAACAGAAGUUGGGUUUUACUAGGCUUGUUGAUCGCUUGCAUACUCGGCGAAGCUGCCAUCGUUCUGGUGAUCAUUAUCAAAUGUCGAGGAGUGGCGUCGGAGCUACAGGCUGCGCUUCUUUUGAAAGAAAUUCGGACCUGGCAGUGUCUGACCCUUGCGACUGAUGCGGUGAUCACUUUCUCCCUCGCCUGGGGACUAUGGAGCGCUAAGACUGGUUGGUCACACACCGACGCUUUGGUCAAAAAGCUUCUGCUUGUUACAUUGGAAACCCAAUUGGCACCUACCUUGAUUAUGCUCGGGUUUGUCAUCGAAAUGUCCAUUUUCCCUGCUUCUACCAUGGGUAUAUUCUUCGAUAUAAUGAUACCUAAAGGCUACACCGUUGGUUAUUUGGCUACUUUGAACACUAGAGUGCACCUUCGAAGGGACAAUGCUCCCAGUGGAAGUAGAGAGGGUAAAGUGGAGACAAACGCCUACCAUCUAGGUAGUGGUAGAUUACAACAAGCUACUGUUCAGGUCGACACAGAUACUUAUAUUGAGUCUUAUCAAAUGAAAGCCAGCAAAAAUGGAGUAAAUCGAGAUCCAGAUAUGACUGUACAUGAAGAAGAAUCAAUUGAAAACCUUGAUUAUGCUCAUAAUCUAUCCAAACGGGAUCUGAAUGAGCCACGUCUAAACUAUUAG